GCCCCGCCUCCAUUCCUUAGUCCCUGUCCCAGCUGAAGAUCGCCUCCUCCACGCCCCCAGCUGACCCCGGACCAGAACGCAGACUGGCUCCCCAGCCUCCACUCUGACUCGGUUGCACUCACCCCAUCCUGCCCCCGCGGCCGGAAUUGAAGCUCUCGAAGUCCAAGGACUUUGCGAGCUAGACGGCGCCGGGACUCCAAGACCGCACGGGUGGCGGGCAGAUAAGGGGCGCGAGCUCCCACUACUUAGGACUCAGGGUCCCUGGGCCUCGCGCUCACCCCCGACAAGGCCAGGCCAGAGGCCAGAGCUCCUGAUAGCCCAGCAGCCUGCGUGGACCCGCCGUGAGGGGCUACCGCGCCAGAACCCCACCCGGUCACCCUGUUUCAGAGUCCCGAUUUCCCCCUUUUGCUUGUGAAUCAUGGCAGCUCCCAUGAAGGGCCAAGUGUGCGUGGUGACUGGUGCUUCCAGGGGUAUUGGCCGUGGCAUCGCCUUGCAACUCUGCCAAGCAGGUGCCACAGUUUACAUCACCGGCCGCCAUAUGGACACCCUGCGGGCCACUGCUGAGGAGGCACAAUCUCGAGGAGGCCAGUGUGUGCCUGUGGUGUGUGAUUCAAGCCAGGAGAGUGAAGUGCAAAGCUUGUUUGAGCAAGUGGAUCGGGAACAGCAGGGGCGUCUGGAUGUGCUGGUCAACAACGCCUAUGCCGGAGUCCUGGCAAUUAUGAAGAACAUUAACAAGGCAUUCUGGGAAAUCCCUGCCUCCAUUUGGGAUGAUAUCAACAAUGUUGGACUCAGAGGCCACUACUUGUGCUCGGUGUAUGGAGCGCGGCUCAUGGUUCCAGCUGGUCGGGGGCUCAUCGUGGUCAUCUCCUCCCUUGGGGGGCUGCAGUAUUUCUUCAAUGUCCCCUAUGGCGUGGGCAAAGCUGCGUGCGACAGGCUGGCUGUGGACUGUGCCCAGGAGCUGCGGCGCCACGGGGUCAGCUACGUGUCUCUGUGGCCAGGGUUGGUGCAGACAGAACUAAUAAAGGAGAUCAUGGUGAAAAACGACAAUACUGACGAUCCCCUGUUGAAGCAGUUGAGAUCUAAUUUCUCCUCUGCGGAGACCACAGAAAUGAGUGGCAAAUGUGUCGUGGCUCUGGCAACAGAUCCCAAUGUCCUGAGCCUGAGUGGGAGGGUGCUGCCAUCUUGUGACCUUGCUCGGCGCUACAACCUUCAGGAUGUGGACGGCCGCCCCGUCCAAGACUACUUGGCUUUGAGCUCGGUCCUCUCGCAUGGUUCUAGCCUGGGCUGGCUGGCCUCCUACUUGCCUGGCUUCCUCCGUAUGCCCAAGUGGAUUUUGACCCUCUACGCUAGCAAGUUCUAACCCUCCUGACGUCAUGCCUCUGCCCUCCCUCGGGCUACGUAGUAAGGCCUGUCUCACUGAAACAAGGCAGCUUCUCCUGCCUACCUCAUACCCUUGAGAGGAAGAGAAGGCCUCCACUGUGCGUCCUGGGUGAGCCCUGUGGGCCCUUACGGAUCCUCCUUUAUGCCUUAAUUUUACCUGCCCCUACAUUUCACUUUUUGCCUUAGUAUUGAAAAACACUCUGGGGGCUAAUAAAAGUCUCAUUUCUCUUUCA